AUGACUUUGAUCUGCGUCCUCAUCUGGACUCUCCUCUGCUGCUGCUUCACAGAGUCCAGAGGUCAGGUCACAGUGACUCAGCCUGCAGCAGUGACAGCUGAUCUGGGAGGAUCUGCCGGGAUCCCCUGUAGGACCAGUCAGGAUGUUCGUGUUUACGACAGCAAAUACCACCUUUUAUCCUGGUAUCAACAGAAAGAUGGACAACCUCCUAAGCGGCUCAUUUACGAUGCCAGCACUCGAGCAUCAGGGACUCCAAGUCGUUUUACAGGCAGUGGAUCAAACUCUGACUUCACUCUGACCAUCAGUGGAGUUCAGGCUGAAGAUGCUGCAGUUUACUACUGUCAGAGUUUUCAUCGCAUCAACACUCAGGCUGUGUUCACACAGUUAAAAACAGUCGUACAAAAACCUCCCUCAGUCAGACUGAACAGAAACUGCUGGGAGCCCUUGGAGGCCUCACAGGUCACAGAGCCCACCUUCCUCCACUGGUCUGCAGGGAGCCUCAGGAUGACUUUGAUCUGCGUCCUCAUCUGGACUCUCCUCUGCUGCUGCUUCACAGAGUCCAGAGGUCAGGUCACAGUGACUCAGCCUGCAGCAGUGACAGCUGAUCUGGGAGGAUCUGCCAGGAUCCCCUGUAGGACCAGUCAGGAUGUUUUUAACUCUGACCAUUUAGCCUGGUAUCAACAGAAAGAUGGACAAACUCCUAAGCUGCUCAUUUAUUAUGCCAGCUCUCGAGCAUCAGGGACUCCAAGUCGUUUUACAGGCAGUGGAUCAAACUCUGACUUCACUCUGACCAUCAGUAGAGUUCAGGCUGAAGAUGCUGCAGUUUACUACUGUCAGAGUCUUCAUAACAUUGGUAGUGAGUGGCCACGCACACAGUGAAAAACAGUCGUACAAAAACCUCCGUCAGUCAGGCUGAACAGAAACUGAACUGCAGCUGCAGAGACUGAUUCUGUUCAGUGAACAA